UUUUCGUUUCUUUUUUUCUCUGUUGACGCCUUUGACAGCCAAUUGGCUUAAGCUUCUGCAAUAUAUAAAUGAAUCGGGAAUUAGUGGAAAACAUCCUGACCGUGCUUAAGACUUCUACGGACAAGAGUGUGGUCAUCAAGGGUCUUGUGAAGUUGCGCACAGAUGUAGUGAAGGACCAAGACGGUAUCGUACUUUUCCGGCUAGCUGGUGGGGUACCACCCAUGGUGCGCUUCCUCAAUAAGCCACACGAAAACAUUUUGGAGAUAGCCUUGAGUAUUCUGGGAAACUGUUGUACAGAUGAAGAAAGCUGUAAAGAGGUAAAUAACUCGGUUAAAUUAUACAAAUUCUUAUCCUGUAUUUUCCAAUUUCAGGCACUACAGUAUAAGGUGGCUUUUGCACUGACUACAAUUUUGAAGUCAAUUCCUAAUCCUGUUAUACAGUGUCGCGCCUGUCGAUUGCUGGGAAAUCUUGCGAAAGGAUUUGCCAGCCAAUUGCUUACUGCACACUGUCCUGCCAUUGCCCAGGCUGUCUGUCAAAUAAUUACCGAAACGAGCGAUGUGAAUACCCGGCUCAUGGCUUUUCGGGCCUGUAGAUUUUUGCUACCCAGUCAACAAUUCACACAACAUUUCCUCGCUGCAAAUGGUUUCGUAAUGAUGGUACGCAUUUUAACUGCCGUCAUGAAGACAGACGCUCCACGAACACCACAAGAAGAACUGUUCAAGAAUGGAAGUGGAAGAGCACCUGUCGUUGGCCUAAAGAACAGCCAGCAUCGUGAAAAAUAUUUUGAAGAGGUAGCACGUAAUCUGGAAGGUGUACGUAGUGAUAUAUUCGAUCACGAAUUGUUGAAAAACCAACCACGCUCUUUGGGUGACUACGCUAUGCCAGAGGAGCGUGCAGCCUUGGAUUUGGCCGGUGAAAUUUUUAAAUGCUUGCUCGUAUUGGCUGAGCUUCCAAUUGGACCAUCUGCUUGGAAGGCGCUAAGCAGCAGUAAUUGCACUUUUGCGGCAAUAACGUUCUUCAUUACAGAAGAAAAUCCACAACGCGGAGUAGCCUUGAAAAUCAUUUCAAACUUCUCAAAGCAAUUGGAUUCAUUUCACAUGCUGAGUUCCGCAGAUGCAGUGGUGGCCGCCUGUGAAUUACUCGUUGCCGAAAAUAUGACAAGACCAUUAACUGAAAGUGAAAAACGACAUUGUAUUCACAUUAUUUGUAUGCUAUCUCCAGAUGCCUGCAAUCGUGCCAAAAUAAGACGCUCGGGCGCGUUAAGAAAGCUCAUUGCAAUGGUUCGUGAUUCACAGUCAAAUACGGAAAAGUCUCAGAUCUUAUAUUUAUUAAACAAUUUUCAAUAUGAUAACAUGAGCAUGGAUUUGAUGCUUAGAGAAGGUCUGGUACCAGUAAUUAUAGGCGAACUCAACACCUUCUUGACCAGCGAUGAGGAAUAUUAUAAGAGGAAACGCGAAGAAAAACAGCAAAAUUCCAAGAAACGGAAGCUACCGACAGAAGUUUGUGUGGAAUCCAAAAGCAAGAUGAUUAAAGUGCAAGAUAAGGCAUUCCUUAUUGAUUGCGAGUCUCCAAGCAGUUCACCCCGUUCAUAUAACACACCCUCAAGUCCUUGCAGCUCCCGGAGCAUGUCGCCAGUUGGCAACAAUUUGUUUAAACUAGAAGAGGAUGCUUCUGAUGAUGAAACGUAUUCACCCGUUUGCAGUGAUGAGGAGGAUGAUGAGGAUGGCCCCACUGAGACAAAUAACGAAGCAAAUCCAGCCAAUGUUGAUACCGCUGAUGAAUCUAGCUUUCUUCUUCGUCAAAGUGCAAACAAUAGCACUGCCGAUAAUUCGGAGAUAAUGAGACUACUGGACAUUGCCUGCCAAUCCAAUGAGACAAUCGAAGACAAUUUGCUUGAUAAAGAAGAAGACGAUGAACAGAGUCAAGAUGUGCCAUACCAAAAACUACCACAGCUGGGUAAUAUGCCUCGCAGUACUCUGGAUCACUUGGAAAAUCUGCUUUUCCGCGUUACCCUGCUCAUCAACAAACGAGGCGAGCUGGGAAAAUCUGAAACUAUGACUGCGCUUAUCAAGGCCAUAAAUACAUUUGGCACAAACAACAACUUCGCAAGCUCAUUAACAAACAUCUUACAGGAGAGUCAGUUUUUCGCUCAGGUGAUUCGCAGUGGCAUAGCGCAUCAGCUCUAUCAAUUGACGAAAAGCGAAGAGAUAAACAAGGAUGGUUUUAGUUUUUUAGUUACCCUCACCUGCGUCGGCGAAUCCAACUAUGGUAAGGCGGAACUGGCACGAUUUCUUCGCAGUGGUGAUGAAUACGCUCAAAAACGUGCCGCAAUCACUGUAGCCUACAUCAUUAAAAGUCAACGUUUAUUAUAUCAGUUCCUAAAUGAUGGAAAUGCGCUCAGCUUGCUGUUACAAAUAAUUUUGAGCGAAAAAAGUGACGAAUUCACAGCAGAAGCAGUCGAUGCUUUAACAGCAAUGUCUAAGUAUACACUUGGCAUUUCAGUACCUCGCGUCAGUGAAAUGCGCAACGGCGAGCGAUAUGAAGAAUUCGUUGAUAAUGAAUCAAAACCACUACACGAAACUUGUGAUAUGCGUUUUGUAGUGCAUACAAAAAAUGCCACGACAGGUGCUAGCGAUGAUCCGCUCAUUGCGGCCACUGACAAUGUGGAGCAAGUAGUCGAAUUCAGUAAGGAUCUGCUGUGCAAUACAAGUGAGGUAUUCAACACUAUGUUAAAUAGUGAUUUCAAAGAACGUAAUGAAGGCGAAAUACAUUUACGUACUUGUUCAGUAAGCGGCUUACGUUACUUUCUCAACUUGAUUGUGCGACGAUCGCAAAAACUAAAAUACAAUAUUCCAAAUGUACGUAAUUAUCAAGCUAUACUUGAAGCUUUCGAAAUGGCGCGAGUCUACAUAAUUAGCGAAAUGGAGACAUUCUUACAGCAAAUGCUUAUCGGGAUGCUGGAUGACUCAAAUUGCUUAACUGUACUUGAAUGGUCACUUCGGAAUUACCACGCAGAACUAACCGAAACUGUUAUCAAUUACUAUUUGUGCUCAACUCUAACGACGGAAGCCAAAAUAAAGCUAUUUCACACUGCUGAUUACUCCGAGUAUUCCACAGAAUGGUUUCAAAUGAUCAUCGACGCUAUAUUCACCCGCUGCCGAAAUGGAUUUUAAAUAGUUUAGUUUUAAUAUUUUAAUGUACUGUAUCAAUGCUUAAUGAAAAGUUAUUUUGAAGUGUGUGGGCAAAUAUAUAGG